AUGUCAUCGGCCGGCCCAACACCAUCACCUCCACCGCAACCGGGCACGAAGAUCGUAAUCAAGCCCAUUACAUCCGUGACAGACAUACCCAAACUAGCCGAGAUCAGCCAAGCUGCGCUGGAAAACGACACGAUGUUCGAGUUCCGCGCGCGAUGUGGCGCUGCAUCGAUAUACGACAUCGCGAUGGAGAAACUCACCAGUGCGGUCAACAAUCCUGCGCGGUUCUCCAUGUUCAAAGCCGUGGCGGUGCCCGUGCACGCUGCGGAGGGAGACGAUGUGGUAGACCACGACGAAGUCAUCGUCGGCUACACGCAGUGGAUGCUGGGGUACCUGGAAACGCCCAAGAUGGAUCCAUUUGCGCCGAAGACGCCACCCACCAGCACGACCUUCGAGGCAAAUAUCACGAACAUCACGACUUCCGAGAAGAAGGAGAAACAGGCAGGAAGUGUGGUCGCUGCUCUGGAGGCUGUUGCGUCGAGUGGCGACCCGUCCGAUGACUCGAAGCCGUACUAUUCGAAUCCUGACGAGGACUAUUCGCGCAGGAUGGGCAAUGCGUACAUCAAGGCCAUCCGUGGGAAGAGGCAUCUAUGCCUCCACAGACUCAUCGUCCACCCAGCAUAUCAGCGCCAGGGCAUUGGGCAGAAACUGCUUGAUUGGGGGAUUGAGACGGCGGAUAGGGAGAAUGUGGUGAGUUGGUUGUUCGCCCGACCUGCGGGUUCAAGGCUAUACGAGCGUAAUGGUUGGAAAGUACACACGACUAUUGCGUUCCCUGUGCUUGAUGAGAACCUACAUGUACCUGCAUCGAUGGCCAUGUUGAGGUUACCGAGAGUGAAGACGGGAUAG